AGGGAAAACAGGCAGUGUUGAGUGGCAGGUGGGAUCCACGGAGGGAGAACAGGCAGCUUUGAGUGGCAGGUGGGGGCCUUGGUUGUUACAGGAUGGUAAGAAGGCCUUCUUAAGAAAGUAACAUUUGAACAGAAACAGCCCUCAGACAGUCUCAUCCUGAGAUUCCUGGAGGCAGGAUCGCCAUUUUGAACUGAGGGUGAGGGUCUCACUUCUGUAGCUCUGACUGUCCUGAAACUCUGUAGACCGAGAUGGCCUCGACUCACAGACGUGUGCCUGCUGGAGCCUCCAAGCCCUGGAAUCUAAGGCACGUGCCAGCAUAUUUGCAGUGACAUUAAUUUUGUACUGGUCUGGAAUGAAGUUUUUAUUUGCACUGACGAUUUUGGUGCUGUAGGAAAGAACCUGUCCAUGGAAUUUGAUGUCUUCCGAGCUGUCUCUUGUUUUUCUACCUUGCAGAAAAUCUGUUCAUUUAAAGGAUAAGGCUCUUGACUCCACUGUACAAUGCUCUCGUGAGGACUAAGCUAGAAAUUACAGGGAUUUUGUUCUGCGAAGAGGUGCAGCUGGGGAUAUACGCACUGGGACAGCGAUGGGGUGAAAAGACUUUUUAUUGACCCGGAAAUGCACUUUUUCCAAAUUUGCCCUCCUAAAAGCCCAGACCUUCCCAAGCAGAAGUUCACGUUCUCCUCUGGCACUCUCACCCGGCAUUACCUCAUUUCCUCGGGCUUUGAAGUUUGGGUAGGAGCCACCUUUUUCAUCCUUUGUAACCAUACAGAGCCCCUACAUAGGAGCAUAGGAGGUGGACGUCAGGAUAGUCAGGGCAGUUGCUACCGACAGAUACUUAAAAACAAACAAACAAACAAAAAAAACAAAAACAAAAAAACCUUAAAAGUUCUUUCUUGCCUCGGAGGGGAACCUCAGUAGUGUUUUCCUACAGUUUAGCCAAUGGUGUUCGACCUAGCGAUCACCGGGCCCGCGGGUCCUGACACGCAGGCAAAGCGGUGUGAAGGGUUCGGUUUUAUUUUUGUUGUUCCCCCAAAUUCAAGGAUCAGCAACCAAAAGUACAAGAAUCGAAACCCAUCUCCUGUCGCAGUCACGGGAGUGCUAGCAGAGGUGGGACGAGCAGGGCUCUGCGCAGGCGCGGGGCGGCCGGCGGCAGAGGGCGUGGCCGCCGUGUCCAUUUUGCAGCGGGCUCGUGUGGUCGCAGUCCGCGGAGCAUUGUCUAGUUUUACAGUCAAACGUGGGGGAAAAACAAAACUGGCUUUUCCCAGAGAAAUAGUGACCUUGCCGAAAACACCUGCUUGCCGGGGACAGAGGUAAACGAUGUGAUGGAGCUGCUUGAAGAAGAUCUCACAUGCCCAAUUUGUUGCAGUUUGUUUGAUGAUCCCCGAGUUCUGCCCUGCUCACACAACUUCUGCAAGAAAUGUUUAGAAGGGCUUCUAGAGGGGAACGUGCGGAAUUCAUUGUGGAGACCAUCUCCGUUCAAGUGUCCUACCUGCCGGAAGGAGACUUCAGCAACUGGGGUCAAUAGUCUGCAGGUUAAUUACUCCCUCAAGGGUAUUGUGGAGAAAUACAACAAAAUCAAGAUUUCUCCCAAAAUGCCAGUGUGCAAAGGACACUUGGGACAGCCUCUCAACAUUUUCUGUGUAACUGAUAUGCAGCUGAUUUGUGGGAUCUGUGCUACCUGUGGCGACCACACUAAGCAUGUCUUCUCUUCUAUUGAAGAUGCCUAUGCUCAAGAAAGGGACGCCUUCGAGUCCCUCUUUCAGAGUUUUGAGACUUGGCGCCGUGGAGAUGCUCUUUCCCACUUGGAUACUUUGGAAACAAACAAAAGGAAAUCCUUACAGUUACUCACUAAAGAUUCUGAUAAAGUAAAGGAGUUUUUUGAGAAGUUACAACACACAUUAGAUCAAAAGAAGAAUGAAAUCCUGUCUGACUUUGAGACUAUGAAGCUUGCAGUUAUGCAAGCCUAUGAUCCAGAGAUCAACAAACUCAGCACUAUUUUGCAGGAGCAGCGGAUGGCCUUUAACAUUGCCGAGGCUUUCAAAGAUGUGUCAGAACCUAUUAUAUUUUUGCAACAGAUGCAGGAGUUCAGGGAGAAAAUCAAAGUAAUCAAGGAAACGCCUUUACCACCCUCCAAUUUGCCUACAAGCCCUUUAAUGAAGAACUUUGAUACCAGCCAGUGGGAGAACAUCAAACUAGUCGAUGUGGAUAAGCUUUCUUUGCCUCAAGACACAGGCGUGUUCAUUAGCAAGACUCCCUGGCGCUCCUACCAGCUGUUCAUGGUGAUGGUUCUGUUGGGUCUCCUUGUAUUCUUUGGUCCGACUGUGUUCCUGGAGUGGUCUCCAUUCGAUGAGUUGGCAGCUUGGAAAGACUAUCUUUCAAGUGUCAGUUCUUACCUGACUAAGUCAGCUGACUUUGUAGAACAGUCUGUUUUUUUCUGGGAACAGAUGACAGAUGGGUUUUUCAUUUUUAGUGAAAGAGUCAGAAGUUUUGGUUUGGUGGCACUGAACACUGUGGCAGAAUUUGUGUGCAGAUAUAAACUGCUGUAAAUCAACUACAUAGCUCUGUUUCUUGAUUGGAGUGUUAGAGAACACAGAAAUAACACAGAUUUGGGCAAGA